CGGACAAUGCAAUGUAAGUCAACGGUUUGGGACAAUGUUUUCUCCUGCUUCUAGACUUUUACUGGUAUUGGUAUAUCUUUCCCUUUCCCUUCACCAACCCGAUGCAUGAUUUCAGAACCUGAGGGUUAUUGUGCAUGAUCUUAUCACCUCACUCUUGACCUCACCGUCAUUUGCGUCUAUCCUUCCUCUGUGUUUGGUCAAUCGAGCUCGCGUGGACUUGAUCCAUGUUCCCUCAACCUGGCUCCAUAAAUUUCGAGUACCUGGUUUACAAAACCCCCUCUUGCUCUCAGCUUUCGCUUCUUCCCACCUAGACUUUCCUCUGGCCAAUUCACUUUUUCAAAAUGGCCAGUGUUUUGGUCCAACAAGCCACUCAUCCGUCCUGCUUCAGGACAGAUCGUGACGGGCCAGGCUUCGAGGCCCUAUGUGAUGAUAUUGAGCGUACAGAUAUUCUGGUUGACCAGGCUUCUCGGCGUGGGGAUAUCAAGGAUGAAAACCACACUUCCCGUUUCGACGCCGACAAGGACAAGACAAAAUUUAGACAAUAUGACACUGCUAGCGACCGAGUCAAACGCUUCUACCUCGAACAACACACCAAGCAAACUGUCGCGUACAACUUGAAAGCUCGCGCUGACUUUCAUUACAAGACACGCGCUGAGAUGUCAAUUUGGGAGGCCAUUGAGCGCCUCGAUAGUCUGAUCGAUGAGUCUGAUCCCGAUACAGACUUGAGUCAGAUUCAACACCUGCUACAAUCCGCUGAAGCCAUGCGACGUGAUGGCUGCCCCAGAUGGAUGCAAGUAACAGGUCUCAUCCAUGACCUUGGGAAGCUGCUCUUCUUUUUCGAUGCUCAGGGCCAGUGGGAUGUUGUUGGUGACACUUUCGUCGUCGGCUGUGCCUUUGACGACAAAAUCAUUUAUGGCAAAAAUUCCUUUUCUGCCAAUCCUGAUGUCCAUAAUCCCGUGUACAGUACCGAAAAUGGCAUCUACCAUCCUGGAUGCGGCUUGGAAAACGUCAUGAUCUCCUGGGGCCAUGAUGAGUAUCUCUACCACGUCGUCAAGGAUCAAUCGAUUCUACCUCCCGAGGCUCUGGCAAUGAUCAGAUAUCACAGCUUCUAUCCGUGGCAUCAACAAGGGGCCUACCGCAAAUUCAUGAACGAGGACGAUGAGAAAAUGCUCAAAGCUGUCAAGUGGUUCAACCCUUACGACCUUUAUAGCAAAAGCGAUGAUAAGCCCUGUGUGGAAAAGCUCAAGCCAUACUACAUGGAACUUAUCGACGAGUUCUUCCCGAACAAAGUUAUCAAGUGGUAGACUGACCCCUGACGACUGCACGGCCUUAACGCUCUCCUUGAACCUGUUUGUAUCCCAUGGAGGAAUCGUCUCGUUCCGCUCAAACAUGAUAGAUGGGUAAAUUGAAAACUAUGGAAGCGGCAUAUUUGUGUUGGAAUGUCUUCACGAAUCAAAUAAAUGCGCAGGAUGUGGCGGUACUCGACAUUUGCAAAUGCUAGGAUCCAGUCAUUACUUGCUACUACAAGUUGCGCAACUGGCCAAUCGGUCGGGUCCAGUUGCAAGGGCACAUCGAAACAGCAGAGAAUUGCUCAAUCUGGUAUCUCGCUUCGUGGUGGCUUUAGUUGUCCGGGGUGGAUCUGGUGACGGCUUGUCGUCGAUACCCAUGUCAUCAUCUUGUCCCUUUUCAGCCCUCUUGCAGGGUUCUGGGCGUAAAGGACUUUGCAUGCAUUAACAGAGUACAAAGGGAAGUCUGCACGAGUUAGCCUAUCUAGCAUAUCAAGGAGGAAGCGGCUUCUCUAACCACCAUGAUCCUAUGCCGCAAGGUCAAAACGACUCACCGAUAGUCGAUAAUCGCAAAGCCCUACAUAAGCCGAAUAUGCACGUCCGCAGGGGCAUGAAGCCGUCCAGACCAGAAACAGGUACUUAUGCAAGCAAGACGUUCAUGUCCUCGCCAGGGAAGGAGAACCCUUGACGUUCCGCCCCAAUCAGGGUCCAGAGGAAGUUUUCUCUGUUCCGCCACAGUGAUCACAGCACAGUAAUGGCGCCCCGGGACGGGACGUGUGCAUCGAUGCACAUAUAUACAUGGGCUAAGAUUUGAAAUAAAGUGGUACACUCGAGGGAGUCUAUGCAGCAAACUUGAAGAUGAAGUUUACGCACUAGCGACGAUGAGGAUGAGGAUAAGGAUGAGAAGGGUAAGAAGGGGAACGGAAAGAUGAGGUUUCCAUCGAGAAUUCAGGUAGGUACUAACUGUACAUAUUAACCAUUCUGUAGGUAGUUUCCACCCUCGUCAAUAAUACUAGGUAGGUACCUUCCAUCCAUCCAGUCCCUCCUUUUGUUCUCACACGCAAAAUGCCAUCCUUUCGAUGUCUAACUACUGUCUUCAUGUUACACAAUACCCCGGCGCGGUCCGUGCGGUUACAGGCUGCAGGUGGCAGGUUGCAGGUUGCAGUAGUGGAACAAUGAACAUGUGAA